UACUUCCGGUGAGGUGGUGAGCCCUCGGUCAUUCGCUCCCUACCCUGGACUCUUACAGUAUUACUGACCGAGCCUGAACACUCUUAAGUCCACUCGGCAGGAGCUGCUGUCUGAUCUGACCAUAGUGUGUGUGUGUGUGUGUGUGUGUCGCCGUCAUGGUGCUCAGGUGGGGAAUCUGCAGCGCUGGGAAAAUCAGCCAUGACUUUACUGUGGCUUUGAAGACUCUUCCUCCUGAAGAGCAGCAGGUGGUUGCUGUGGCAGCACGUAAUUUAAAGCGAGCAGAAGAGUUCGCUCAGAAACACUGCAUUCCUAAAGUGUACAGCAGCUACGAGGAACUGGCCAAAGAUCCCGAAAUAGAUGUGGUGUAUGUGGGCACCAUCCAUCCUCAUCAUCUCCCAGUAGGCAUCAUGUUUCUUAACGCUAAGAAGAAUGUUCUGUGUGAGAAACCUCUAGCCAUGAAUCUGAGAGAGGCGAAGGAGCUGGUGGCCACAGCAAAAAACAACAAUGUCUUCUUGAUGGAAGCUGUGUGGACACGCUUCUUUCCAGCCUCGUUGGAGAUCUCCAGGUUGCUGGCGCAGGAAGCGGUAGGGGAAGUGAAGUUGGUCAGAGCAGACUUUGGGGCAUGCCUGAAGAACAUCUCGCGCUCCGUUGAGAAGGAGCUGGGAGGAGGUGCGUUGCUCGAUAUCGGCAUCUACUGUUUACAGUUUGUCCUCAUGGUGUACGAUGGGGAGAAACCUGAAAGCAUCCAGGCUAGUGGAGUCUGUUUGGACUCAGGAGUAGACGAGAGCAUGGUGGUCACUCUGAAGUUUUCUAGGGAACGAUUAGCUGUGUGCACAUGCACGAUAGCUGUCGAUUUGCCAAACGAAGCCGUUAUCUUUGGGACUAAAGGUACUAUCAAGGUCCCUGCCCCUAUGUGGUCUCCUACAUCACUGAUUGUCAAUGGAAAAGAGACUCAGUACCCGAUACCUGAACCAUACCUUCCUCUCAACUUUAUUAACAGCACUGGUAUGAGAUAUGAGGCUGAGGAGGUGAGGCAGUGUCUCCUUAAAGGACUGAAAGAGAGUUCCCGAAUGUCACACCAGGACUCGGCUCUACUGGCUGCUAUCAUGGAUGAAUGCAGGAAGCAAGUGGGAGUGGUCUACAGCCAAGACCCCCAAUAACCUUUAUUCACCUUCAAACCUUUGAUGUCCCGUUUUAAAAGAGUAAGCCAUGAGGUGGUCUGAUGCACUGCUAUGAUUUUCAGAACCAAAUAUGCAUAUGAAAACUUCAAAGUAAAGGCUGCAAUAUACAUCAUACAAUUCAGUGUCACAUGCUAUAUUUAAAUAUUUGACCUGUACACAUGUUUAAAUAUUGACAAUUAAAGUGCAAC